AUGUUGCCCACUUUUCUUUAUUUACAUCGGAAGUGCCGUAAUACAAAAAGUCCCAUUCUUUUUGCAAAUCUUCGGCAUUAUCUCGGAACCACGUUGGAUAAACCUUCGCAUAGGAACGUGUAUUCGGUGCAAUUGGCGGGCAACGCGGCGCCCGUUUGCUUGUCCUGCAACGUUCUUACUCCUGAGGGAAAUCGUUGCACCUACGCGUACGCGUUCUUCUCCAAAAGCAGUUCCUAUUACGCGCUGUCAUGUUCGGGACCAGAUCCGGUGUUCAUCGCGAUUAUGGAUGCCAAUCACAGACAGCUGUAUUCCUGGGAAGACAAUGGCCCUCUCAGACGACAAUUAGCCGCCCGUAAGCAACCGGUGAUCAAGAACCUGAACGUGAAAGCGAAUGGCUACAACAAUAAAGUCAGACUAUACAUGCCACCGGAUUUCGACGAGAAAAAAGCCUAUCCACUGUUAAUUAACGUUUACGCGGGUCCAAACACAAUUAAAAUCACGGACGAGGUAACGUACGGUUUCGAGGCGUACAUGGUGACCAACAGGAGUGUGAUUUACGGUCGAAUCGAUGGUCGUGGGUCCGCCUAUAAGGGAAGCAAGAUGUUGUUCGAGAUAUAUCGAAAGUUAGGUACCGUGGAGAUCGAGGAUCAAAUUACUGUUACUAGGAUACUGCAGCAAACAUAUUCGUGGAUCGAUCCAAACAGAACUGCGAUAUGGGGUUGGAGUUAUGGCGGCUUCGCUACUGCCAUGGCAUUGGCUACCGACAGAGAGUCUGUAUUCAAGUGUGGCAUAUCGGUUGCACCUGUGACCUCCUGGAUUUAUUAUGGUAAUUUCGCGACACGUUGAAAAGUGAU